CCAACGUAGCGUGACAAAGGUAGCCCGGACUACGGGACCAUCUUACAACACUAACGAGUAUUUCACUCUUGCCAGAGAUCGAUAUAGUCACUUGCUAGAAUCCUGCAGAUAAACCUCCCUUCCUUAAAUGCUAGCCAACCUACCUAAUUUCUUCGCUUCCCCUUUACGAGCUACGUUUUUGACAGCACCUACCCAAACCCAUGGCAAAGACGCUACCCAGUGGGAUUUAUGCCCCUCUGCCUGUUUUCUUUAGCGAGAACGAUGAACUAGACCUUGAGGCAUAUGCAAAGCAUGCUAAAUAUGUCACUGCACCAGGAAUUUUCCCUGUUGUCUCGGCCAGCAUGGGAGAAGCUGCUCAUUUGGAUCGCCAAGAACGUAUAAAAUUAAUCCAGACUUUACGACUUGCCCUUGAUGAUAUCGGUUUAUACAAAACGCCAAUUGUUGCUGGCGUGGGUGCUAACAGCACUCGGGAAACUACUCAAUUGGCGCAUGAUGCGGCUGCGGCUGGGGCAGACUUUGUCCUUGUCGUCCUACCAGGCUACUAUGCAGGUGUCCUAAAGGCCAACCCGACGGCGAUGAGGAAAUUUUUUGUUGAUGUGGCCGCCGCAUCGCCAGUACCAGUGAUCAUCUAUAACUUUCCAGCAGUCUCUGCGGGGAUCGAUCUGAGUAGUGAUGAUGUUGUGGAUAUUGCAAAUGCAGCUCCAAAUAUAUGCGGAAUCAUGCUGUCUUGCGGUAAUGUCGGAAAAUUGGCAAGAAUUACAGCCCUUGUCGAUAACUCGUCGUUUAAAACUCUCAGCGGAUUUAUUGACUUCCUCCUUCCAUCUGUUGCCGUCGGGUCUGCGGGUGCUAUUAGCCCAUUGCCCAACGUCGCGCCGAAUUUCAGUUUCAAGCUGUGGCAGGCGGUUCAAAGUUUCGGAAGCGUUGCUGAUUUUCAUGAAGCCAAGAAACUCCAAGGCUUAGCUUCCUUAGGAGAAACGGCUUUACUAAAAGAAGGGCUUCUGGGGUUGAAGGGCUUGCUCAACCAACGGUUCGGAUAUCCUGCAGUGCCAAGGCUGCCACUGCUAGUGGUAAGCAAUGAUGCAGUUACAGAGAUGUCUAAAAAUAAGCACCUGGAAGAUGUAAUGGCUCAAGAGAAAAUAUAGAACAGUAAAGGAAAGACAGUAUCUUGGAUCGCAGUGUCCGCAAUAACCACAUUCCUUAUCACAUGCUGUUAAGUCUCUUGGAGCAACCGCCCACACUGUGCAAUCCAGAUUGUCGGCGCUGAAACAUUAAUCCCGAGGGGAGGCGCCUUUUCAGGAGGGGUCCAACACAGCUAAAGCCAGUAACGUGAUUAUAUUUAGUCAUCCAAUUAUGUCCUCUGCGUUUUUGAUGCUCUGUAAAUCUACGGGCAAUCUCUAUCUUCAAG